UCUCAGCACCAGAGCCUCAGGACGCAUCCUCGCCUCCUGACGCCGUUCUACCUGCUCCGCCCCACUGUGAAGCCCCGCCGGGUACGUAAAAAAUACUCAUCCCCUUGGUGCCCCUAGAACGGAGAUUGGAUGUGUGGCUCUCACUUCCCAACCCAUCACGCUGGCUGGCCCAGACCAUCCGACUUGGUUACACAAUUCAUUUUGCCAGGCCCCUGCCCCCCUUCGGGUGUCCGCUUUACCGCAGUACACGGCGAACAUGCCAAAUCCCUGCUGCGCGUGGAGAUUGCUACUCUUUUACUCAAAGACGCGAUAGAGCCUUUCCAACCAAAAUGGAGAAGGGUUUCUACAGACCUUACUUCAUUGUACCCAAGAAAGGCAGCGGCUUACGACCGAUCUUGGACUUGCGGGUUUUCAACCGGGCUUUGCUCAAACUCUCAUUCAAAAUGCUCACGCAAAAGUACAUCUUAACAUGUGUCCGGCUUCUAGAUUGGUUUGCAGUGGAAGACCCGAAGGAUGCGUACUUCCACGUCUCAAUUCUGCCACAACACCGACCCUUCCUACGGUUUGCGUUUGACGGCCAGGCGUUCCAGUACAAAGUCCUCCCCUUCGGCAUGUCUCUGUCCCCUUGCGUCUUCACGAAAGUUGCAGAGGCAGCUCUUGACCCUCAAACCCUGGACAGACCUCUGCUUUCUAUGGGCAGGUGUGCACCUGCAGCAGGUGUCCCGACGUGUCCUGGUCACUACCGAUGCCUCCAGAUUGGGUUGGGCAAAUACGCAUUCCCCCCAGUGAGCCUUCUUGCACAGGUGCUGUGCAAGGUCAGGGAGGACGAGGAACAAGUCACACUAGUGGCUCCCUAUUGGCCCACCCGGGCCUGGUUCUCAGACCUUGUACUCCUCACGACAGCCCCUCCCUGGCAAAUUCCCCUGAGGAAGGAGGAGUUUGCUCUGGUAUCCGCAUCCAGACCUUUGGAAACUCCACGUCUGGUCCCUGGACGGGACGCUGAAGAUCUAGCUGGUCUACCACCUACCAUCGUAGACACGAUCAACCAAGCCAGAGCCACUUCCACCAGGCAUCUCUACGCCCAGAAGUGGCACUUGUUCGCAGAUUGGUGUUCUUCCCGGGCCGAAGACCCACAGAGGUGCGCAGUUAGUCCACGAGAGCUUCAUCUACAGGACAGAAUUUGUGAUUGGUGUGUGUUCUGGAAUCUCGAAACACCAAACACACCAGCUGAUGAUCAUCCAGACAGAAGAGUUUCAGUUUCUCUUCAUGAAGACUGCUUCACAUCCUGAUGAAGAUCUUUGACUUCUGUCCUGUAAGAAAGUCUCACACAGGUUCUUCAAAGCCAAAUUUACUGGAGGAUCAUCUAUAGUCGAUCUUCUUCUGCAAACUGGACAAACUUUGCUUGUUUUAAUUUCUCAAAACUUCUGAAUUUACUAAAAGUCAGUCUAAACAUUCCACUUUUCUGAUGGGACCGUCGCUGUGAACGUCCUAUUUUCUUAUUUUGGCGGGUUUGCAAACGAAUGUAAAAGAUGAAUUACCGCCAUCAUCUGGACCGGAGCGCCAAAAGAGUAAUUUCGCGCGAAAAAUGAAUCUAGUUAAAGGGACAGUUCACCCAAACAUUUUUUUAUCUUUCAUAAUUUACUGAUUCUCGUGCCAUCCCAGAUGUAUUUGAGUUUCUUUCUUCUGCUGAAGACAAAUUAAGAUUUUUAGAAGAAUAUUUCAGCUCCUUACAAUACAAGUGAAUGGUGACCACAAAUCUAAUGCUCCUAAAGCAGCAUAAAAGUAAUCCAUAAGACUCCAGUGGUUUAAUCCAUGUCUUCAGAAGUCAUAUGAUAGGUGUGGGUGAAAAACAGAUCAAUAUUUAAUAGUGGUCUAUAUAUAUUUGAUAUUGUUUUAUGAAUGAUGUGGUACACAUUAUUAAACUCUCACAUUUUCAUUUUGACUUUAAAACUUCAGCAUUAAUAAUUAAUUUGAUGUAUAUUAUAAAUAUAUAAACAGUACCACAAAACCCAGCAUACCACCAUAAAUAAUGAACAAUCUCCACUAAACAAAAGUGGAUUUUGAACAAAUUUAGCUGAAAAAAUCUGUAAUAACAAGUUUGAUCUGAAACUAUUUUUUUAAAAUUAAGCACAUUAAACAUGUAAAUUAUACUUACAUAUGCACGUUAAACCACUUUUUGAGAAGAUUUGGUGUCGGUGAUGUAGAGAUUAUUCAUUUUGGUGAUAAUCCAUCUCCUCUUUGUAGAACGAUAUAAAACCAGCAGGAGUCACCAAAACAUUAUUUUAGGAAUAUUUUGCUCAAUCAACAGCAAAUGUGGCAUAAUGUUGAUUACCUCAAAAAAUAAUUAUCAUUCAUGCCUGCUUCUCUUUAAGACAAAGAAAAAAAGUAGAUACAGUGACACACUCACGCACACACACACACACACGCUCGCAUACACACACACAAUCACACACACAGACACACACACAAUACACAUACAUACACAGACGCACACACAAUCAAACACACAGACACAUACACACAUACUGAACAAACACACACAAUACACAUACAUACACACAUACUGUAUGUCGACAUCUCAUUAAAUUCAAUAAUGUCUCACAAUCAGUGUUAUUAUAGUUUUUGAUUUUUAAUUGAGUUUUAAUUCUGUUUUAUAUUAAAUUUGUCAUUCCAAAUUAUUUCAGUUUUGGUUAGUUUUCACAGUUUUUCUUUUAGUUUUGGUUUCAGUGUAAUUAGUUUUAAUUUUAGUAUUUUAGUUUUAGUUUUUUAAAAAGUCUAACAUCAUUACAUUUCUAAUGGCAGUCUUGUGUUACUGUACCUCUAGCUAGUUGUAUUUUCAUGUUUAAUUUGGAUUGUAAAUGCUGCAUAUUUUAUAAUACAGGGUGAAUAUGGGCAAAGUGACAUUUAAGCUUGAUCCCCAUUGUAUCCAUAUGGAUUAAUAAAUCAUAAUUAAUCUUAUCUAAACCAAUGUUUGGGAAGUAUACAAUUAAAGGAAUGUUUCAAAAUGAAAAUGCUGUCAUCAUUUAUUCACACUCAUGUAAUCCCAUGUUUGUAUGACUUUCUUUCUUCUUCUGAACACAAAUUAAGAAGAAUAUUUCAGCUCUGUUGGUAUAUA